AUGGCAGCUUUGUCCAACCACAAAUUUACCGACUCGAUAAUAUCCCACAAGCCUUCCGCAGCGAAUACCGUCUCGCCCGCCUCGCGUCACCAAAAUCACCACCGCAAUCGCUCGUCGGCAACCACCCCACGGUCCUCCGUCGACCACCGUCCCACCGACCAGCUCCUCCGACUUGGCCAAUCCUCUCGCCGCUCCCACCACACUUCGUCCGCGUCUACGGGUUCUCUGCCUCGAAUUGUACCCCAGCGCUCCUCCGGCGGCACCAGCAGCAUCCUCUCCCGCGCAAAGGACCGCACCCAGAGCGCUUUUGCCAGCCUCUCUGAGCCUGUCCUCCGCCCCCGCCAGUCUAAUCCGGGCCUCGCCAGGUUCACUCACGGUGAAUCCCUCGCUCCCGUCACCAGGGCUUCUGCCUCGUCGCCCUCCAAGAGCCCCUCUACCGACUCCCUCUCCUCCGGCGAGUACACCGUGGCUGCCCGCAACCCGCCCUCCCAGGCCUACGUCGAUACCGACGCCUCUCUACCCCUCCCCACCAGACAACCUCGCCACGAGCCCAAGAUGCACCAAACUUCUUCACGCUUGCUGCGCAUGACCGAUGAUGAUCGGCCUUAUACGAGGGAUUUCAAGGAUCUCUUCUCAACCUUGGUCGUCAGCCUGCUGCCUCUCUCGCCUCACCGAGUACGGCUCACCAAGGUUGACUAUACCUUCCUUUCUGAGGAUGCCAUCAACAACCUCGGCUCUCUGAAGUUCUCCCAGUCUAACCGCAUGCCCGAUCCCAAGGACCCGUCGAGGAUUGUCACCACCACAACCACCACCACAUUCUCCAUGGCAAAGGACAUGGCCCGCUCUAUCUGUCAACGAUUCGUUGAGGCUCGCUUCAUCGAGUCCGCUGACGGUAAACUCCAGCAGGUCUACACUAUGAAGGGUGGUGUAUGGCAGUUGACGCCCAAGGGCGUCGCCAUUCUCAACCGCUUCUGCAACAGAAACGGCAUUCAGCAGAAACAGGUUGGCGAGCUGAUGAACACUAGCAAUCUUCAAUUGGUCAUUCUCGAGCGGGACCUGCAAAGUGACAAACUCAUUAGUGACUGGGGCACCAUCGAGGUCAUCUUCCGCAGAUUCAUGGGUUCCGAGGGCCGCAACGUCAAAUCGAGCGUCGCAGCUGCGGACUCGGAUUCCUUGCAUGACUACCAAGAUGGUCUCACCGGUGUCAAGAUGGCAGCCGAGCGCAAGGUCAACGGCAAGACCUACCACAACACAUUUACAGGGCGCGCUGCCACUGACUGGCUCAUGGAUUGUUCCACCAUAGUCGACCGACGCGAGACCAUUGAGAUUGCCAGCUUGUUUGUUGAAUACGAUCUCAUUGAAGCCCUCACCCAGGACCGUGCCUACCUCUCUCAGAUCCCCAGCCACAAUCUGUUCCAACCUACAAAGCACGCCAUUUAUCAGGUAACACAGCGUGGCAAGGACAUUCUCUCCGGCGGCGGCUCCAGGGGCCGUGCUUCCGAGAGCGAGGCUGGCACUGGCUCGCAGCGCAACGGCAUCACCAGAGACUCUAACACGCAGCGCCUGGACAAGAUUCUCAACGACCCUGCCCUGCGGCUGCUGUUCCGCGAGAAUCUGUCCGACACCCAUUGCGAGGAGAACUUGUCAUUUUACAAGGACGUGGAUGAAUUUGUGCACGUCUGCAAGGCCGGCAUCCGCCAAGCCAAAAAGUCGCCCAAUGCAAGCUCGAUGGAUGGUAUCAAAGAGAUCAUGGCCCAGGCUUACGGUAUCUACAAUGCUUUUCUGGCGCCAGGAUCUCCCUGUGAGCUCAACAUUGACCAUCAGCUUCGCAACAACCUAGCUACACGCAUGACCAAGGCUGUUGGCCAAGACAUUGCGAUGAUUGAGACAUUGGAGGAGGUGACGACACUAUUUGAGGACGCCCAGAAUGCCGUCUUCAAACUCAUGGCCAGCGACUCGGUGCCCAAGUUUCUACGCAACGCCAAGUACGAGCAGCAAUUACGAAACUUCGACGCCGACCUUGGCCGAGCGCCCGAGCGGAGCCAGAGUCGAUCGAACCGGAAGUAA